AUGGCGGCAUCAAGAUCCGGAGACCCAACCAACCCGUUCUCGCUGGGCAGUAACUCUGCCGACGAGGAGAGCUCUGCUGAUGAGGACCAGCCCCCGGUGAUCACGGUCCACAACCUCACGGCAAGAUUCUUCUUCAAUCGUCCUGCCGAGGAGCUGGUCCCAGCUCAAUAUCUCCAGAUGGCUGAGCGUACCUCCAUCGUUCAGGAUAAGCCCUGGAUCUUCUGCCAAGACAAGGUUAACGCCCGUUACGUUAACCUCAAGAGAUGGCCCAGGAGUGAUAUCCGGUAUCGAGGAGUCUUUAAGACCCUCGCUCGUGUCCCGUGCAUCGAGACAGGCCUCUGGGAGGGUGGCAGCGAGGAGUGUCAACAGGAGCUGCUUGAUAGCCAGAGCCGUGCCCAGGCUCAGGUUGUCUAUGCCCUGCUGGAUGAGAUUGGGAAGAUGUUAGAUCUGAAGCAUUUGACGGCGGAUGCGCGGCGGGUUUUCUUCUUGAAACCUCGUUUGUUGGUCUACCAGCUGGAGUACUGGACAGGCUACCGUCAGAAGCACAGAGAUGGACCGGAGACAGACGCCAUCCUCUCUCUCGAGUUCAAUCCGGGGAAAAGUUUUGUGAUCACCAUUCUGCCAAUCUCCGUGACGAAUUACGAAGAGCCACUCGAGACUGCCUUAGCCGACAAGUUUAAACUCAUGCUCGGCCAACUCCUCCAACACAUCAAACCCCUCCCUGUCCCCGGCGACAAGAUCCCAGACCAAGAGAUCUUCCUCAUCGGCCAACACGGUUCCAAGCUCCACAUAAUGCGCACCAUCUUCCCCGGCCACAAGGUAUCCAGCCUCUGGUGUCGCCGCGAAUUACCAUACGAAACAUCCCUCAUCCCCCAAACACCCCCUACAUGCGCUCCACCCCCAUCUCCAUCCCAACCAGAGGCACCAGCUACACCCACUGAGCCCACCGACGACACCGAUACCGCGCAAACCAAUCCAACAAGUACCACUGAUACCGCACGCCACCGCCGCAUCAGCAACAGAUUCUACGCACCCGAGAACAUCGCGCGCGUACGCCGCCACAUCGAAGCCACAAAGCUCAGCAUGUUAGACCAAGAGCUUGACCCUCGCACAUUCCGCGUCCUGUGUACUCGGGAAUUCGACCUCUGGAAGGAAGAUGACUUUGCCGCUGCGGUACAAGUCCUCGCCGGGCUGCAUAUGUAUCUACUCAGCGGCUCUGCGCGGUGUGGUGCAUUGCAAGCUGUCUUCAAUAAACCGCCGUACCCUCCGCAUGAUGCAGAACCGGAAGAUACUGCAGAGGAUGUUGAACUUGAUGAAGAGGAGGUAGAGGAGGUAAAGGAAGAAGACGAGAAAGAGGAAGCAGAGCAAGAGGAAGAAGGUGAUGUCGACCUCGAGCGUUCCCCCAACGAAUAUCUCUGCCAGGACCUCAAUCAACAACUAGACUCUCUCCAAAACGCAGUAUGGGAGCGGGAAACUACGUUCCAAGAGCGAGAAGAGGCAGAGUCAUGCCGUGAGGAGAGUGACUCCCGAGGCGAGGACGCUAAACUCCUCAGCCAGACGGAGCAGUCACAGGAGCUCGAUGACGGACGGCAUGGAUUCCUGCAGGAAUUGCGACGGUCCUGGUGGAAUAACCUGGGGACUGAUGCGGAGGCGGGGGGAUUUGGAGGGGAUUGA